GAAAGAAAGAAAUUUUAAAGAAAGAUGGAUUAUGGACAUUUUCCGGAUAUUUUCUCGUGUUCGUGUUGUCUUGUAAACAUCUUGGCGCCAAAUCCGACAUCAACAGUGGUGCUCAGAACGUAAGGAGGCUAAGCUACGCGAAACUCUGCUGGGAAAAACAACACCUCGUAUCACGUUUGUUGUAGCUAGAUCUGACGCUCUGUGAUACUUUCACUCAUAUCACAUUAAAAAUGACGGAAACAAAAGCAAAGCCUAAAGGAUUGUCAAUCAGACCGAUAAAUGUGGACAGCAAAGGACAGCUCACCGCUCAAAUGGGUAAGCUGAAGAUUGAAACCCAGAAAAAAGUAAAGCCAUCUGUCAUCUGUCAGGCAUCGAUUCGACGUCCCACAGUUACUGUCCAGCCAGCAUGCGUAGAAGAUGUUCCACCUGAACUUCCACCAAAGACGAAGAAAUCCCAACGGUUUUCCAUUCCAAAUUUCGAUGUGAACCACGAGGAGAAGCAGAGGGAGAUUGAAAAGAUUGAAAAGGAGCUGGCCAGAGACUUGUUCAAAUCUCCUACUUAUGCCCACGAUAUAUACAGUUACUUAAAGAUGGUAGAAAAAAGAUGGCACAUCCCAGAGGACUUCUUAGACCAUGGAGAAAUCAACGCAAAGACACGGGCAAUACUGAUGGACUGGUUUAUACAGGUUCAGGUUUACCUAGAGUUGCUGGACACCACCCUACACAUGGCUGUGGCCUUUGUUGACCGUAUUCUCAGUAACCAGAAAGUCACCGCCAACUCUCUACAACUUUUGGGUAUUACCUGCAUCCUUAUUGCUGCCAAGUACUACGAAAGAUUUCCACCACAGGUGUCGGACCUGGUGUACCUCACAGACAACACCUACAAAGUGAGCCAGGUGUUCGUCAUGGAGAUGAUUGUACUGAAGAAGUUCAAGUUUGACCUCAGCACCACUGACCCGGUCUCCACGAUGGAGCACUUCCUAGAGAUAUCACCGACAGACUCAAUGACCAAAUCAAUGGCCAAAUACAUGUUGGACCUGACAACGACCUGUCACAAGUUUGCCAGCAUUUUACCCACAGUGUUAGCAGCCUCCUGUGUGUAUGUAGCCAGAAAGUUAUUUGUGAUGGACAAAGUAUGGACCUGUGGUCUGGAGUAUUUCUCGGGAUACACAGAAAAAGAUCUGAUGAAGUGUGUCACAGAACUGUUAAGGAUGCUGAUCAAAGCACCCACGGCCAAACUUCAGGGGGCCAGAAAGAAGCACGCUGCCUCCACAUUUACACGGAUCAGUCACCACAAGUUGUUGGAAACAAAACCUGCGGCCAUUCUUAAAGCACUAGAAAACAAGUAGUCUCGCAACCCGUAGGUUAUACACUUCAUGAUUUCAGAGGUGCUAAUCGUCACUUUUGUACAGUUUACCCUUCUUCAAUCUUCCUAUUUGUUAUCAUUGAUCAUCCCCUGUAAUGGAAAUUGAGGAACUGCAUAUUUGUGCAUUCCUUGAAACAACUAAAGUGUAUGCUGUACAAAAUAAGAAGAGGUGAUUUGUUAUCUGUACAUUAAUCGUAAUUGUCCUGUGUCAUCAUUUGUAAACAACUAAUCGUAAUUCUUUAGUGAAUCUGCAAUACUGUGAUAUGUGAUAUUUUUGAUUGUAGUUGUGAAACAUAAAUUGAUAAUGGUGUAUGAAUAUUUUAUUUAUGAAAUGUUUUAUAAUUUGUAGAUGUGUUUCCACUAGUCAGGGGUGUUUUCUAGAUCGCCCGUUAAUAAAUUUAUAGUUUUCUUUACCGUGAUGAUAGAUUCAUAUAGUCAUUUGCAGUUUCUUUAAAAUAUUACAAUUUAAGAUAAGUUAUUGAUCUGUGCCGAUUGUAAACAGGUUUGUAAUAAUAAUUGAAUACAUAAUAAAAUUCCUUUAAGACUUAA